CAAUGCGCAAUCUGCAAACUCUGCUACAUGCAGGACAGAUGUUUGGCUGCUGCUUGUGAAGGAAACACUUCGGCAGCAAGGAGAAAUUUGAUCCAAGCAACCUUAAAGCACAUAAGAGAAAAGGAAAAGAUUGCAAACUGGGAAAUUAGAAUGGCACAGUUCGCUGGUUGUCUAUUUCCACUUUUGUUACUUGGACUAACACAAGCUGCCAAAGCAGAUUUCAUGGACAAACUUGCAGAGAAGAAAGUCUGUGCUGAUGAGGAAUGUAUUUAUGUUAUCUCAACUGGCCAGGUAGUCGAUGAUUACAAUGCACCAGACUGCAGGUUUCUAGACCUUAAGGAAGGACAGUUGGUGUACGUAUACUCCAAACUGGUCCGGGAAGGCCAAGGUGGCGAGUUCUGGUCUGGCAGUAUUUACAGUGAUCAUCAGUUUGAGGAUCAGAUGGGUAUUGUAGGUUAUUUCCCCAGCACUAUGAUCACCGAGCAACACGUCUUCCAGAAUACAACAGUGGAACUUCCCACAACUGCUAUUGACUUCUACUGUGACUAAUGUUAAUAAUCUACUCCUCAAAAGGCGUGAUCAAGGAAAAAAAUGCAGAGCAAAUUGCAAUUUAAUUGCGAAGAUCUAUGUAGUUUCUAGGAGCAUUAAUUGUCGCGUUUCUAAGAAAUGAAAGUAUACAUACAAUGCCAUGUGCUGAAAACUAAGGAAAAAAGAUCUAAGUCACCUAUUUUAUACCUUUCUACAGUUGUAGUGACUUUGUUUAAUAAGCUAUUGGCAAUUCAUUUAUUUUCCAUUUAUCUUCAAUCUUUCUAUCAAGUAUAUAUGGAAUCUACAUGAGUAUAGGAACAACUGAUGGAUUAAAGUUACAAGGAGACCUGCAUUUGUUCAAUGCAAGUUCACUAAUAACAUGAAUGUUAUCAAUUUACUUAAAUGUCGUGUUGUUGAAUUUCACUGUACACACAAACCAUGAGCUAGCCACAAUGUGCAGCUAAUCAAUGUACUCAUAUCUCAUGUGAUGCAAAAAUGCAUUCAAGCAAAAUUAAAGCAUAUUUGCUUUGAUUAA